CGUAAACCCGGGAAACACGAACACGGUAAAGCCUGACCACAAUGCCUGUGCUUGUGUUGUCAUAUUAACUGCGUGAACAGACGCACGAACACGAUGGGCUCGUGUCUGCUGUCAGUGGCCGAGCAGCUUUUUAAAGACAUCCAACGAACCUACUUACAGACAAACCAAAUACCAGAUGAUUUACUAAUAGCGCUGCGGUUUGUGUUCGGCCCGUGUGCCCUGCAGGCAUUGGACCUGGUGGAGAAGCGCUCUGUCACGUGCGUGACAUCACCUAGCGGCCGAAAGGCUUUUCAGGUUUUAGGAGGAUCUGGGCGUCUGUACACUUGCUACGCGUCCUGUCACUACUGCCCGUGCCCCGCCUUUUCCUUCUCUGUUCUCAGGAGAAACGAGAGUCUGAUGACGAACAAAUCCAUAAAAGUUGAUAAUGAAAUAAGAUGACAGAGAUGUUGAUUUGUGGGUCUGUGCUGUCAUUUUGUACCAUUUGCUGAAUGCAUUAUAAUGUUAAAUAUCGUUGUGCAUUAUUUAUAGGUGAGCAUUAGAGAACAGGAUUUGCUAAUAAAUGCUGUAAAUUAAAUUAGGCUUCAUUAUCCAAUGAAUCAUAAAAUAAUCAAGUGAUCCAUACUUUAACCCUUAACUGAUGUCGUCCCGUGUACGGGACACCGGAGUUUACUUCAAUAUUUUGCUGGCAAAUUCUUGUCUAAUCAUGACAAAUGACAUAUUAUUGGAAAGGUCUAAGACUCUAGAUUACAUAUUUAAACAGUAAGUUUAAGAAUGAAUGACAUAGUGAGAGUCUUUUUCUGGAAUGUCACAGGCCCACAGGUGGGCCCAAGUUAUUGUUACAUAUGUAUAACACUAAUACCCUAUUCCAAACCUUAAAAAAAAUCUUGACAAAUGAUAUAUUUUUGGAAAGCUCUAAGAAUGUAGUUUUAAUAUUUCAAGGCCUUCUGAUAGUAGAAACUAUAUCACUUAAAAGCUCUAAAAAUGUAGUUUUCAUCAGUGUUGGGGAAGCCACUUUGAAACUGUAGUUAACUAAGCUACAAACUACUUCUAAGUAAAAGUAGUUAAACUACAGCCAAGCUACGCAUCUGAAAAAGUAGUUAGCUAUACUACAAGUUACUAUAAAAAGAAGCUAGCUACCUUAAACCUGCUAAAUUUUUUACAAUAACAUAAAAUUUCAAUAUGGAAGAAUGGGAAACAUGGAUUCAUCACUGUAUUUGAAAUAGACAUUUGAUAAAGAAGCAAUAAAUCAGGAGGAUUCAUUUAAAAUUGCUCUUACUUGUAUGUGCUUAAAGUUUUCAGUGCAGUCAGACAAAUAGUUUGCUGUUUGUUUUUUUAAAAGACAUGAAAUUGGACAAAUAUGUCCAUUGGCAAUUCAUCUCCACACUUUCAGAUUCUGCCGUCAUGCCGCUCCAUUUCGUACAUUAUAAUACGAUUUUGUGUCGACGUACUCCCGCACAUUAUGUACGAAAUCAUCAGACAAUUUCCACAAGUCCUCCUGCGAGUAGGCGUUCUGGAAAGGCAUUGCGGAGGAGGCACAACGCAUUGUAGCGUAUUCGCGCUACAUGCUGGAAAAAGUAUUUAACUACUGUUAAAACUACACUGUUUUAAAAGUAACUGAACUACCGUAAAGCUACAGAAAAGUGUAGUUAGGUUAGUAGCGUCGCUACUUGUAGUUAACUACUCCCCAACACUGGUUUUCAUAUUACAAAACCUUUUAGCAUUAGUAACAGUAAUAGCGACAGUAAUUUAUUAAUUUGUAUGCAGCAAACCAUAAACACUAAAAGUUUGACACAAACCUCACUUUUUGUGAUUUUAACUUGAAGUUUGGAUCAAAAUCAGUUUUUUUAGCAUUUCUGGCAUAAAACAUUUUCAUUUUUUUUAUUUGUAUAUAAAAUACAUACUUAAUUGCAUUAUUUUAUUUAUUAAAUAAUUAAAGAAAUGACCAAACUUUUUUUAUUACCGCAGGUGUUGUGGUUAGUCUUCUUUUUCUCCUCCUCCUCCUCUUCCUCUUCUUCUUCCUCUUCUUCUUCUUCUUCUUCUUCUUCUUCUUCUUCUUCUUCUUCUUCUUCUUCUUUUUCGCUAUAGGCAUCUAUGGCAGCCCUAUGAACCGGUAGUAGGAAAAUGAUCAAAUUUGGCACAUUUGUAGUGGUGGUUUUAAAAAGUCAUGUGACCAAAAACGGGGUCUCUAGCACUAACUCUAAAGCGACACAGCAAUUUAAAAAUUCAAUGUUCAAACUGUUAUAACUGUUGAUUCUUUUGAUGUCUGAAAAUUGCUCUUGUCUUGCUUAUUGCAUUCACUACCUUACAUUUUUUUUAUUUAAUAUUUUCACCUCUAGAUACUUCAAUGAAAGCUACAUGACACAAGCUGUCAACACUGUUAAGGGUCGUUCACAUUAUAACUUUAAUGUAGGGAUGCACCGAUAGGAUUUUUUUGGGCCGAUACCGAUUUAAACAGACAACUUCUGGCCGAUACCGAUAUUAAACACUUGUAUACAAUAUUAUACAGUUGGUCUAUUUGCUAGUUUAUUUCUGCAUCAAAUCAUUUUUACUGAACAUGGAUUGGAUCUAACUAACAUUCAACUGACCAACAUAAUAAGAGAGGCACAAAUUAAGCUAAAACAAAUAUAAU